AUGUCAAAGUCUAAAAUUAACUAUUUUUCACCAAAAGUUUAUAAUUGUUGUUCCCAAAUACCCAAAGGCAAAGUUUCAACUUAUAAAUAUGUUGCCGAAUUUCUAGAUAUUUCACCCCGGGAAGUUGGAGAAGGAGAAAAAAUUGCUACUAAACGAAAAUUAUUAUCCGAAGAGGGAGUAUUUUUUGAUAAACAAGGUUAUUUACUAAGAAAAUUACGAAAAGAAGUUAUUUUUAAUGAUUUUUGUUUUACAAAAGAGUUAAAAGACAAACUUGAAUCAUAUAAUCAAAACUCAGAAAAUUUCAUAUUUUGCAUCAGUGAUUUGGAAGAGCAAGAAGAAGAAGGGAAAUUUGACAUUCUUUCUGCUGAACUGCGACAAAAGUUGGGGAAUAUAAUUGUUCAAAAUGGCGGAACCAGGUCUAACCCAAGGAAACACUUAGUUGAAUUAAACAAAACUAAUUCAAGCAAAAUAAUAGACAUUCCCCAGCGACGGGAUACUAAUGACAAAAAUUUUGAAAUUUGCUCAAAUAACUAUUUAUUUUUUGUAUUAGGCAAAGAACUAGGGUUUGGUAUGGAUAAAAAGUUAGAAUUAAUAAGAUUAGAAAGGGAAGAAGGAAAUAAAAAAAAGCAAGCCAGACAACAAGAACUAAACCAGAAAAGAGAUAAUUUUAUUAUUGAAAUAACUACUGCUCUAAACCAAGAACCUCAAUUAAUUAAUAGCGAUUUAAACCGACUAUUAGCCGAUAUCCAGGCUCGUCAAAAAGAUAAAAAAACCGCUCAGGAAGAAGCUGAAAAAGGUUAUCAGGGCAAUAAGGAGGAGGUGGAAAAUCUUAAAAAAGAAAAGGCCAGUGAAAAUCCUCAGGAAUACAGCGAAGAAGCCAAAAAAAGAAUCGAGGCAAAACUAAAAGAUAACAAAAUUGAAGAGAACGAAUUGAAUCAGGAAAACCGACAAGAAUGA